AUGGCAGAGCUCAAGGCAUACAGAGGUGACUAUUAUCUUUGGAAAUAUGUGCCUUCUCUCCCAGCAGCAAUCAUCUUCUUGAUCCUCUUCCUUGCUGCCACGGUAUUCCAUUUUUGGAAACUCCACCGAACAAAAGCUUGGUUCUGUCUAGCAUUUGCUCUUGGAGGUCUCUUCGAAGUGAUCGGAUAUGUUGGACGAAUCGCUGCACACAAUAGCACGGAUUCUGUAAUAGUAUUCGCCAUCCAAAACGUUUUCCUUCUCCUCGGACCUACACUAUUUGCAGCCUCCGUUUAUAUGACCCUUGGACGUAUCAUUUGCAGUGUUCAUGCUCAGCAACACUCACUUAUUCCAAUCAAGUGGCUCACCAAGACCUUUGUUAUGGGGGAUGUUGUAUCUUUCCUUGUGCAAGGCAGUGCAUCAGGUCUGAUGGCCACAGGCAACAAUGCACAGAUGGGUUCGAAUAUUGUGAUUGCUGGUCUUGCCAUCCAAGUUAUCAUGUUUGGUCUGUUCAUCAUAACUUCCAUCGUCUUCGAGGUGCGCAUGCAUCGAUCGCCCACAACAGAGGUUUUCGAUGAUCAGAUUAAUUGGUUGAGCCGACUGCGGACACUAUACGCCGUCAGCGCGCUCAUUUUGAUUCGGAGUGUUUUCCGUGUCGUGGAGUAUGCAGCUGGAAAUGACGGAUACCCACUCACUCAUGAGUGGAUGCUAUAUGUGUUUGACUCUGUCCUGAUGAUCAUCUCUAUGGUCAUUUGGGGAGUCUGGCACCCCGGAACACUGCAGAAGUUUAUAGUGUCGGAGCAACACACUGUGACCGAGGUGACAGAAGAUCGGGUUCUAAAAGCAUAG